GCAUAAGAUAUAGCAGGCUGUUAUUACUGACCCUGGUCUAUUGCUCUGUUUCCUAGUAUUGUACCACCAACUCUGCUACUACUAACCAAAUAGUCUGUAGAUAGAGCCCAUGUCCUAACACUAUCUCAAUUCGUCUUUCCUUCAUUCCUAUCUUCUCAACCCUAAUUCAAGGUCCCUCCCUCAGAUGUUCUCUUCCAAUGUGUUUUGAGGAGGAGUAGAAGGGAGGAUGCAAGGAAAGAUUGAGAUUCACCCAUGGAAACCCCUCUGUGAAGUCUGCCUUCCUGAUCUGACAUAGCAGGCUCACCCACAGGAAGGGCUAAGGACAGGAGGAUCAGCUGUGGCAGCCUGACAGGUGUACUUAUCCAUCUGUCACAAACUCGUCAUCUCGCUACUACCUUAGUGUCUGUUUGCCUCACUGUCCCUGGCCUUCUUUCCCUCACUCCAUCUGUUUCCCCCAUCUGCUACCAUAAAAACUAUAGCAAAGCUUACAUACAGCAAGUAUACAGAAUCUGUAGAUAUAUGCCGGUAAACUAAGGCAGAUGCAUGUAGAAACCAAGGCAGACAUUUGGUUGAGAGUAAAAUUCACUGGAUGAACAAAACAAUUAACCUUAACAUCUAGCUAUAGAAACAAAAGGUAACCCAAGCAGUUUAUUUCCAUCAAUGAAUGACAUGAUCAAGGGUGGUGGUGACUUGUGCUAUUUGGGUACAAUGUGGUGGAAGGCUGAUGGAUCCAUGUUAGACGUCUCGACAUAGGAUCUUGACUUGGUAUUGACUGAUUCAUUGAUGCAAUCAAGUUCAAUUGGCAGCUAUUCGAAAGAAAAGAGGAUAUCCCCUCUCUGAUAUUGAAAACAAAAGUGAUGCCUUUUAACACUGUGUUCCUCCAGACCAUCGGUUCUCUCCCUCUCCCUACCCCCUCUUUCACUAUGAUUUAUGGUUAGAUUACUCAUCCAUCAGAACUAAAAUAAAUAUCACCUGGCAACUCGUAGGCCUAUACUAUACCUACGCUGACAGUUCAUUAUAACUAACCAAAUUCAAGAAAUGGGAACAGGUCAUUCCAUGUCAUUGAAAUCAACAUGACAUGCUUGUUUCUUUCCUACACUGGUUUGUUUGCAUCCCUGUAGGAUCUAAUGAAAUAAGUAGCACUUACGUCUUCAACUAAUCUGCCUGAGAAGCAAGGAGGGUCAUCUGUUAAAUCCCCAUAAGAGGAGACUAGCCACUUUACCGGACAAAUGCACACUAGUCCAACCGGAGUACCUCAAACAAUGCGGUCACUGUGAUGAAUAAUUUGGAGUACCUGACUUUCUUGGAUACCGCUAAUAGACUAUUUACAGGUCUGAAAAAACAGCCCAUCAGUUGAGUUCCUUCAGCUGAGAGAUACUGAAACCCUACUGUAGCGCUGAAAGCAGCACACACACAACUAGAUGGAUCUUAUGGUGGAUCUUAAGUCCCUGGGUGAUCCCAUCAAGCAGUUCAGCGAUUAUGUGUCGGGGACGGGGACCAAACCGGACAACAAAAUAGGAACCAAAAAGAGCACGGGGGCCCGACGGAAGAGCAUAGUCGUGAGCACAGGGGCUCGACGGAAGAGCGUAGUUGUAGUCCGGAGGCACAGCAUAGUCAGGAGAAAGAGUGUCCCUUGUGCCAAAACUUGCACCAAGCAGAGAGCCGUACCAGAAUCCUGGCUCAGUGCAUACCAGGCUGACAUUCAAAGAGAAAGGAAACUGAGAGAGAAGAAGAUUGCAGAGAGGUCCGUCAGAAGGAGGAGCCAGCAUUUCAGGAGCCAGCACUGCCUCCCUAAGAGUAAGACCAAUGCCAAGAGGAACCAGAAAUCUGCGAAGGAUGAUUCGCUGUUUGGUGCCUUCCAGGGGCUCAGUCUGAACGUGACAGGAGGCGUCCAGAGCUCUAUGGCCUCAGGCGGAGACCAGUGUAAAUUAAUGUGAGACAAAAGACUUGACUCAUAUAACCUGGCCUCGGCUUCCAGGCAUCGCUCACGUGUGUGAAAGCCUGGGCCGAGGCUACAUAUCACCUAACACUUUAACCUUGUCCACCAGCAGGCUCUCUCUCUCUGACAUGUAUAUGCAGUAAUAAUUGAGACUGGGGACAAGGUUACCUACACUUGACCUUGUGAGACAUUAUGAGAAGACUCUGAACUAUGGGAAAAACAACCGGUCUUGUGUGGUGAUGAGAAAUGACAAUGAAGCCAAAGUUUUAAAGGUAGACUCAACGAUAUGAUGUAGAUGCAGAAAGUAAACAGAAUAGUGGGUCAGACUAAGCGCAAUGUUGUUUGGUUCAGUUACUACUACGUUCUAACAGGGUUUCCACAAGUUGCCACUGUCAAAAUUGUCUCGUAAAAAUGCAUGGGGAAAAAAGGUCUUAAUUUAAGGUUAGGCAUAAGGCUAGCAGUGUAGAUAAGGUUAGGUUUAAAAUAACUUUUUAAGAAGCGAAAUUGUACAAAUAGGCGGGGUUUAUGACUUUGUGGCUGUGGUAACUAGUGAAGAUCCUCUAACAGCUUGAAGUGAACCCGUGCAGAUACUGUGUGAGAGCGUCAUCUUGCAUCUCCCUCAUCUCAAUAUCAGUCUACUUUUUUUAAGUUUGUGUAAAGAUGAAGGGUGUAAGUGCACUGGCAUAUCAGACACCACGAGCUCUGGGGGCCCAUGCACGCCUGUCAUUGAUGUUUAUUUUAUUUAAUAAAUCAUUUUGACGGUAACCCUCCAAAAAGUCAUUCAUAAACUUUUUUAAAUUCCAUAUGUACUAGGAAGCUAAGUGUUUGUUUCUUGGGCUUCAGAAAUGUGACUGAAAAGUGCCUCAGGCCUUGUAGCAACUGAUAAAAUGCCAAUAAUGUACUAGCUGCUAAUGUAAUAACUUUUGCAUUUAGAAUGUAAUAAAUGCUGAUAAUGUA